AUUAAAAUCGCCCGCUAAUCGUUAUCUCUUUUUAGGGUUCCCCAAUUCAUUUGUUUCUCUCUCCGAUCCAAUUUCAUUUUCAAUUUCAAUUUCAACUCUUAAAAACCCUUCACUUGUAGGAGCUCAAUCAUGGAGACGACACUCUAGAUUUACUCUACCACCAACUGUACAUAUUUUUCCAGGCUAUUUCCAGCUUCCAUAUCCGCACAAACCCUAGGAUUUUGACCUCCAGGGGUUUUUUGUUUGGGUGGUGUAAUUUCUUUGUUUAUUGAUCAUAUUUGGGUUAGAUUCGGAUCCUGUUUCGCCGUAGUUGUUUUUGUUUUUAUUAAGAUUAAGAUUUGAUUUCUAUGUUCUUGCUCUUCCAUGUCGAGACUAAUUGAGUCAUCGAUAAUGGAUGGUUUCGGCAACGGAGCUAGAGUUCAAGUUGCGUCUACAUCCAAGGAUCUCACGCGUUUUGGAGCCAAUUCGACGGAAGAUGCUCUAUUUGAUGCAUCACAGUAUGCAUUUUUUGGCAAGGAUAUGGAGGAAGUUGAAUUGGGAGGAUUAGAAGAUGAAGAGGAUGAUACUCUUGCUGCUGGGAUUGACGAGGAGGAGUUUUUGUUUGAUAAAGAGAGUGAGGAUUUUAGACCUCCUUCUGAUAUUGAUGAUCUUGUUUCUUCAUUUGAAAAGUUAAAUGACAUUGGAAGCGGGCCAAGGGGAGUUAUUGGAGGCGGAUUAUUGAGAGAAAAUAAUGAAUGGGCAUGCGAGGAUGGUUUCCCUAAUUGGAUUGCCCAGCAAGGCUUCAAUGUUGAAACGGCUCAGGAAGGCAAAAGAUGGUCAUCACAUCCCCAUCCAUCUUCCCUUGCUGAAUCUACGUCUCUGUAUAGGACAUCAUCAUACCCUGAUCAGCCACAGCCUCAGCCACAACAGUACCAUCAACAGUUCUCUAGUGAGCCAAUUUUGGUGCCAAAGUCUUCAUAUCCUUCAAGCGGAAUAUCUCCUCAUGCUUCUCCAAACCAGCAUCCAAGCCAUCUAAAUAUGCCUUUUGUUCCUGGUGGACACCAUGUAGUAUCGUUAUCUCCAUCAAAUCUCACUCCUCCAAAUUCUCAGAUUGCCGGUUUUAAUUCUGUAUCACGGUUUGGAGGAAAUAUGCCACAACACAGUUCUGGCCCCUCUAUUAACGGUGGACCAUCGAGCCAAUGGAUGAACCAAACCGGCAUGUUUCCUGGAGAACAUGUCAGUCACCUAAACAAUUUAUUGCCUCGCCAGUUAUCCAAUCAGAAUGGAUUUCCACAGUUACCACCACAGCAGCAGCAGCAGCAGCAUAGGUUGCAGCAUCCUGUUCAGCCUCCGUUUGUUGGCUCUCUACCAGGUUUACAGACCCAUCUUCUCAAUUCACAUUCGUCUUCAGGCCCACCUCACUUAAUGAACAAGUUGGAAGCCAUGCUUGGUCUACCAGAUAUGAGGGAUCAAAGGCCUAGGUCUCAGAAAGGUAGACAGACUACACAUUAUGCCCAUCAGGGUUAUGAGACUAAUAAUUUUAGGAGUGACUUUGGGUGGCCUUUCCGUAGAUCCAAGUAUAUGAAAGCUUAUGAAUUAGAGAAUAUCGUUAGAAUCCAGCUUGCAGCGACACAUAGUAAUGAUCCAUAUGUAGAUGACUACUACCAUCAGGCUUGUCUUGCAAGAAAAUCUGCGGGUGCAAAGUUGAGGCAUCAUUUCUGUCCUAAUCAACUAAGGGAUCUUCCACCACAUGCUCGUGCCAAUAGUGAGCCACAUGCUUUUCUUCAGGUUGAAGCACUUGGUAGGGUUCCAUUUUCAUCAAUUCGUAGACCUCGCCCUCUUCUUGAAGUUGAUCCGCCGAGUUCAACUGUUAGUGGAAGCAAUGAUCAAAAAGUUUCUGAGAAGCCCCUUGAACAGGAGCCUAUGUUGGCAGCUAGGGUUACAAUUGAGGAUGGUCAAUGUCUACUCCUUGAUGUGGAUGAUAUCGAUCGUUUCCUGCAGUUCAAUCAGUUCCAAGAUGGUGGUGCUCAGUUAAGAAGACGUCGACAGGUCCUGUUGGAAGGACUGGCAGCAUCAUUUCAUAUAGUUGAUCCACUCAGUAAAGACGGUCAUGCGGUUGGGCUGGCUCCAAAGGAUGAUUUCGUUUUCUUGAGGUUAGUUUCUCUUCCCAAGGGUCGAAAACUUCUAGGUAAGUACCUUCAGUUGCUUGUGCCAGGAGGUGAGCUUAUGCGAACAGUUUGUAUGGCUAUUUUUCGUCACUUGAGAUUCUUGUUUGGAAGUCCUGAUCCUGCAGCAGCAGAUUCUGUUAAUGAUCUCGCAAAAAUUGUUUCCUUGCGAACCCAUAGUAUGGAUCUUGGAGCUCUGAGUGCAUGUCUUGCUGCUGUAGUUUGUUCCUCAGAGCAACCUCCACUUCGCCCUCUAGGGACCCCUGCUGGAGAUGGGGCGUCCUUGAUUUUGAAAUCUGUUCUUGAGAGGGCUACGGAGCUCUUAACCGAUCGUCAUGCUGCAAGUAAUUACAACAUUACUCAUCGAGCUCUUUGGCAGGCUUCUUUCGAUGAAUUUUUUGGCAUUCUCACGAAGUAUUGUGUGAACAAGUAUGAUAGUAUCAUGCAAUCAUUACUCCGACAAUCUCCACAGAAUGCAGCAUCUGCUGUCUCAGAUGCAGCCGCUGCCAUUAGUCAAGAAAUGCCAGUUGAAGUAUUACGAGCAAGUCUUCCCCACACCGACGAGCACCAGAGAAAGGUGUUGAUAGAUUUUGCCCAACGCUCAAUGUCUGUUGGUGGAUUCAACAACAGUGCUCGCAACAAUUUUGAUUCCUUGUGAUCAGACCAAGGAGCAAGUACAUGGCCCAUUAUCCAUAGUUACCAAUGAAGGAGCCUUCAGAAUAAUCUCAUCAUCACAUAUGGAAGGACAAACAAACAAACCCCUUCAUUUUGAGGUCUCUCUAUAGCUCCCUUGCAAAUUUUCAUCUUUAGUACAGUGGGUAAAAGGGGGAGAGCAAAAAAUGAUUCUACUCGUACAACUAUUCUCUUUUUAUGUUCUUUACUUUUGAAACAUUUUUCUGAUUUGGUUACGACACUCAUAAGCAACACCACUGUUACAUUGGGGCUUAGUUUUCAAGGUUCAUCGGGUUCGGUAGUGGGAGAGCUUUAGAUAGAAUAUGCCCUUGAAAAAACGGGGAGUUGUCCAGAUGAUAAUGAUAUGGGUAUUAGAAUGUACAGGGUUGGCCUUAGACCAAUUUCAUAUAUUCCUUCACUAUUGAUACCCGAGGGGGAUGGGAUGGUUUUUUUGGGUAUAAUUCAUAUCUACCUAUGCUUGUAAUAAGGUGUUUAUGUUUUAGUUCUGUGCACACACGAGAGAGAGAGAGAGGGGAAAAAAAAGGGGUAUUGGGCGAUAGUUGUUGUUUCGAAUAUGGAAUUGGACGUUGGCUGUUUGUAGGCCUAAAAAGCCCCCAAGAAAAGAGGGGUUGAUAGAGAGAGAGAUCUAAUGGGGAACAUUUUCAGUUUGUUUUUGUUGUUGUUGUCAUUUGUAUUUACUAAAAUUGCACGUUGUGUUUGUAUUGUAUCUUCCUAUGAUGAUUAGAUGAAAGGCAAUAUAAUACCUGUUCGUGCAAGGAAA